UCUCUCUCUCUCAAUCUCCAAUUCUCGGCGCUCUCAAGUCUGAAGGCUGAAUAUUGAGUCCAUAUCCUUGAAUUGAAGGAAGCCAGUUAUUGCUGAAGGUUAUUAGAUAACAGCUAUCUCAAAUAUAUCACAUUGCCAUCAGGAUACUUGGAGAUAACUCAGAAAAACAUGUCAAAUUUUAACAUGAAUUCUUGUCAAUCUUCCUCAUGGAAAACCCGAAGCUCCUUACGAGGUCCUGUUGCCAUCUUUUGGGACAUUGAGAACUGUGCCGUGCCAAGUGAUAUGCGUUCAGAGAAUGUGGUCGGUAACAUUAGGAUGAGUUUACGAGCCCAUCCUACAAUUAAUAAACCAGUGAAAAUGUUUUCAGCAUAUGGAGAUUUUAGCGCAUUUUCGAGGCGACUAAAAAAGGGGUGUUGUAGGAUAGGUGUCCAACUCGUUCACGUUCCCAACGAUGCUGCCUCCAAGAAAACUUUGGUCGACAUGUUCCUUUUUGCUCUCGACAAUCGCCCACCCUCAUCAAUCUUGUUAAUCUCGGGAGACAGAGAUUUUGCUCCUGCACUUCAUGUACUAGGUCAACGUGGAUACACUAUUAUCCUUGUUAUUCCAUCAAGGGUGGGAGUCUCGUCGGCUCUGAGUAAUGCAAGUCAGUUUAUAUGGGAUUGGUCUAGUAUGGCUCGUGGACAUGGAUUUGUGCUGCAGGCUAAUGUAAAUGUUGCUUGGUUUCCAGUGGAAUGCUCAAUGAACGAAAGUAUGGACAAUUCGAAAAGUUAUUAUAGCAUGUCAAAUUUUAACAUAAAUUCCUGUCAAUCUUCCUCAUGGAAAAUCCAAAGGCUCCUUACAGGGUUCUAUUGCCAUCUUUUGGGACAUUGAGAGUUGCCCCGUGCCAAGUGAUGUGUGUCCUGAGGAUGUAGCUAGCAAC